AUGGCGCGUAUUGGAGAAUUUACUUACGACAAAACUUUUGGGGACUUAAAUGCGGAGAAUGCGGUUUUAACCUCAGACGUGAGAUUGGUCAAAUCGGCGAUAGGCGAGAAAGCCAUUAUUACGUUUAAAAAACAUGCUUUGCCUGUACUGGCAUUGAAACAAAGACUAGACGAAGCGAAUGGCGAAAACACGUCGCUGUUCGGUUUCUACAGAGAAGGCACUAGGCGACAUUUGACACGAUCCAUAGCUGUAAACCGGAUCCAAUUGGUGCUACGAGCAGGUGGUUUCGAAGGCCUUCUAGGACACUCAUUUCGGGUUGGCGGCGCCUCGUUAAGAUACGCUUUAGGCACUCCCAUAGAAGAAAUUUGUCUUUUAGGCCGGUGGAUCUCAAAUUGCUAUCGCUUAUACAUCCGAGAAUACACGGCAGAAGAUACUGAAGACAGCAAGAAAAUUAUCGCAGAAUUGAAUGACUUGUGGGAAGAGGAUUGA